AUGCAGGCUACUACUUUGCGACAAGAUCGCACAAACGAUGAUGUAAUUGCAACAACGAUGAGUUGUGAAACUAUAAUGUUUGGAUCUAAAAUUGAAAUAAACUCAUCAAUUAAUGAAAUAAGUGGUGUGUUAAGUCAUGGAUCACUUUUAUACAUGCAAAAACAUCUGUUCAUGCUAGCUGAUAGCAUAGUGUCUGAUGCAAUCGAAAACAUGAAGCAUUUGAUGAGAUGGUCAUUGAUGGUCAAGAGGGAAGAAUCAAUAUUAUCAUUAUCAUACCGCAUUAUCAAAAAGAUUUGUCUUGCUUCCAAGAGUAACAAAGCACCACGUCGUUGUAGUGAGGAACUGGGAAGAAAACGUUGA